CAGCAAUCAUCUCACUCGCAGUCCAGUUUCGCAAUCUGCCGACAGCUUUCGGAAAUGUCAGCGGCGGCGUCCCCAGCAACCAAAGACAAGAGCAAGAGCUCGUCGUCGUCGUCGUCAACCCCGGUCGAAGGCGUGACCACCGUGACCCCGCGGCCGAGCGCCGUGUCGCUCGCAUCGGCCAUCAACGCAGCAGCUGAUGCGGCUGUGAGCCAGUCGGCCAGCGCGCUCGCCUCGCCUGCGUCCUCGUCCUCCCUCGCAACGGGAGCCAGCAGCGACACCGUUGCCACUGCAGGCUCUGCGGAUACGGGCGCCGCCUCGGGGCCGGCCGUCCCCUCCGGGCCAGGAUCGCCGGCAGGAGCAGGAGGCGCAAGGCAGGGAUCUCAGCAAGCGUCGGCGGCGCAGUCCCCAGCGCCAGGAGGCCAGGACAUGGCCAACGUCGAGCAACUGACUCGCGAAAUGUUUAGCCGCGUGUCGGAGUACGUCAAAGGCGAGCUGCGGCUGUCGGCCGAGGACUACAAGCUGCUCCAGGUGAUGAACGAGCGGACGGCUGAAAAGUAUGCCGGAAUGACGUCCCUUGCGACCAACCUGAACAAGACGAUGGCGCAUCUGAAUGAAAAGCAGGCAAGUCUGCAGCCCUAUCUCAGUCAAAUCGAUCAGAUUGAAACAAUGGUGGAAGAGUUGGAACAAACGGCAAACCGUCUGGACCAAUACUCGCGACGAUUAGAGGUCAAGUUCAAAAAGCUGGAACGACGAUAAUGCUGAACGCGCUUGCUUGCUGGCCACUCGUUUCCAUUUUGUCAACAAUGUACAAACCCAAAUUAACCCUUUGUUCCGUGUCUAUCAGUCACAAUGGAGCAUAAAACAUGUAUAUAAGG